CCAAUCCCGACAGUCCCCGGCAAUCUUCCGCCUCCGCCGAGAACAUGGAGGUUGAGCUCGGCUGCCUUAGGAAAGGGGCCCUGUAAGGCAGGACACAGGGAAGAGUCGCACCCCUAGCGGACCAGCUGAAGCAGCCGGCCCACGUCGCGGUCCGGAGGCAGAGGCAGGUAUGGCAGGAGAGGCCAAGGGGCUGCCAUCGUGGGCACACUGGUAGCUACUGUGGAUAGGCACUGGGGAGAGACCUCAUCAAGGUGUGUGUUCCAGGGAGGCGGAAUGAAGACAACUCCCCGGCUGCAAGUGUCGGGGAAGGCAUCCCUCGGUGGGAUUGGCCUCCGCCACACUGCCAAGCGGGACCGAAAGUCCAUCACCUUGCAUGUGAAAUUAGAGGUGCUUCGGAGGUUUGAGGAAGGCGAGAAGCUGACUCAGAUUGCCCGGGCCUUAGGGCUGGCCACUUCUACUGUUGCCUCGAUCCGUGUCAACAAGGACAAGAUCCGGGCCAAUUCUCAGGCAGCCACACCGGUAAGUGCCACACAGCUGACCCGCUGCCGGGGUGUGGUGAUGGGCCAUAUGGAACGCUUGCUGAGCCUCUGGAUCGAGGAGCAAAAGCGGCAGAACCUGCCUAUCAGUACGCUGCUCAUCCAGGACAAGGCCCGACGGCUCUUCGCGCAGCUGCAGCAUGAGCAGGGUAAUGGCACUCGGGCUGAGACCUUUGGGGCCAGUAAUGGCUGGUUUGCCCGAUUCAAGGCUCGCCACAAUGUGCUUUUGACAGAUGAGCCAUCUGUGGCUGACACCCAGGCUGCUGCCCACUACCCCCCAGUGCUGCGCACCAUUCUAGAGGAGGGCUGCUACUCACCACGCCAGGUGUUCAAUGUGGAUGAGACUGGCCUGUUCUGGAAGCGGCUCCCAGAGCGCAUGUUGUUGGCCCUGGAAGGCGCAGCUGGGCCUGGCCUCAAGGUCUCUAAAGACCACCUGACCCUGCUGCUUGGUGGCAAUGCAGCUGGUGAUUUCAAGCUGAAGCCGCUGCUGGUGUACCCCUCAGAGAACCCGCGUGCCCUCAAGGGCUGCUCCAAGGCCAGCCUUCCGGUGGUCUGGCGCUCUAACCGCAACGACUGGCUGACACCCAGCAUCUUUCAGGAGUGGUUUACUAGCUGCUUCUGUCCUGCUGUGGAGAGCUACUGUGCCAGCCACGGCCUCCCACACCGUGCCCUGUUGGUCUUGGACGGCGCACCCUGCCACCCUGCUCACCUGGGUGGCCUCUCACCCCAUGUGCGAGUUGAGUUCCUGCCCAAGAACACAUCAGCCCUGAUCCAGCCCAUGAACCAGGGUAUCAUUGCCACAUUCAAGGCCUAUUACCUGCGCCGUAUGCUUAGCCAGCUGGUCCAGGAGACAUCUGGUGAAGACCGACCCUCCGUGCGGGAGUUCUGGCGCAGCUAUACUGUUGUGACUGCUGUAGACAAUAUAGCCAGAGCCUGGGCAGAGUUGCAGCCCGCCACCAUGAACAGUGCCUGGAGGAAGCUGUGGCCCGAGUGUGUGCCUCCUGGCGCUCCUGAGCCGGACACUGUGCCUCAGCUCCGCCGCAGCAUUGUCGCACUAGCCAGCCAUGUGGGCCUUGGAGAUGCAGCCGAGGCCGAUGUUGCCAACCUCUUGCAGGCCCAUGGGGAGACCCCACCCCAUGGCCUCCCCCAGGAUGCAGAUGAUGCACGGGCUGAGGCCUGUCCUGAGGACCUGCAGAGCUGGCCAAACCCUUCACGGAUGGAGCUCAGCAGGUCAGAGCCAGGGCAGCAGUGGCAUUGAAAUCGGCAGGCCCAGGGCGGGAACAUGCAUAUUCUUUAGCUGUGUUUGUAGAGGGUGAUGCAGAUGGAGCCUCCUCCACUGGUCGAGGUGGUCUUCAGACCACUCUGGCUGGAAGAUCGCUCUGGAGAUGCCACCCAGUGCAACCCUGUGCCAAGGCACCAAGUGGGACUGCAAGGCUUUCAACCCUCAGCUUGAGGUGUUGGCAGUGCUUUGAAGCCAGAGAGAAGCUUAGUAGAAUAGGGGAGGUGCUGGGACUGUCCACCUCCACUGUGGCUACCAUUCUUGACAACAAGGAGAAGAUCUGAGUGAGUGUCUGGUCGGCCAACCUGCAGGCGGCCCAGAUUGACACGCAGCUGCAGUCUGGUGAUGGACAAUGUGGAGUGGUUGGCGAGGCUGUGGGCACGACUGCGGCAGUUGUGUGCAGGUAGCCCGCCCUGCUGCGAAGAGUGAUCUGGGAGGGCGGCUGCACACCCUGGCUGUUGUUCAGCAUGGAUGAGACUGGACUUCUCUGGAAACAACUGCCUGCUAGGAUGCUUCUUUCUCUGGAGGAGAAGUCAGCCGGGAUGCAAAGAUGCCCGAGCUCUGAUGCUGCUGCUUGUUGGCAAUGUGGCUGGCGACUUCCAGCCGAAGCCACUGCUGGUGUACCCCUCAGAGAACCUGCAUACCCUCAAGGGCUGCCCCAAGCCCAACCUGCCUGUGGCAUGGCGCUCACACGAGGGAGUCUGGGUGACCAUGAGCCUCUUCCAAGAGUGGUUUGUGCACUUCCGGCCAGCCAUAGAGAGGUACUGUGCCCAGUACAGCCUCCCGCACAAAGCACUGCUCAUCCUGGACAGUGCCCCUGGCCACCCUGGGAGUCUGGACGACCUUUCGGAACACGUGUAUGUGGGGUACAUGCCCAAGAAAACCAGGGCCCUUGUCUGGCCCAUGAACCAGGACACUGUUGCCACCUUCAAGGCCUGUUGUCUGCUCAGGGUCUUCCGCCUGUUGGUGUUGCGGGUGUGAGGCAGGGACCACCAGCACUCAGUGGUCCUUGACAUCUGGCAAGAAUACAGCAUUCUAGACACUAUCUACGACAUCUCUGAGUCCUAGGAGCAGGUCCGCCAUCGACACUGGGUAGGCGAAGGAAGCCGCGGCCUGAGCGCAUUGGCGGGAUGCUGGCAAGCUGCAUGGGGAUGCUCUACCUCAGACCCUAAGGGACAUCACGGCACUGGCCCACAGUAUGGGUUUCAGACAGGUGACAGGCAGAUGUGGUGGAGCUGCUGCAGAGCCCCAGCACAGACCUGUCCAGCAAGGAACUGAUGGGACUGGAGCAGGAGCAUACUGCUGGAGAGGAGGGCGAGGACAUCUCACCUGUCUUCCGGUGGCUCAUGGCCAGGCACUUGGCCGUGGUUUUGGCAUGCUUGGAUGCUGGCCUGCAGAUCAUUAGUGACAGUGACCCCAACCUGGAGUACAGCCUCAGAGUCUACAUCACCAGCUGCUAUCGAGAGCUUUUCAAGGAGAAGAGAGGCCCCAAGGGGUGGUGGUGAGGGCGGUGGUUGGGAGCUCCAGGGACUCAGCACUUGGCUGGGGAGAGGGCUUCCUGAUGGCUCCCUUUGCUUGUGUUGAAGUUGCAAUAGCCUGAAUUUUCCCAUUUCAUUAUAUUCCUCAAAUGGUUUUUUGUCAGCAAAUAAUUUAUUAUUUCCAGUGAACUUCUCAAAUACAUGGCUUUUUUAAAAGCCUUGAUGAAUUCUCA